CUGCACAAUAAACUCUUGAAGGGAUAACGAUCUUGGAUUUGGGGUGUGAUCAUUUAAUAUCACACAGCCCUAUAUGCCAAUGUCGGGCGACACCCCCCCACCCUCCACAAAUGGCUCUGCCCCUACCACGACGGUGGAAGCCUCAGCAACUCCUGAACUCGACGUAACGAAACUCCAGGCCCUACCGUCGGAACAGCAAGACCUAUACCUCCUGACCUUUGUAUCGACACUUUCCAAGCAUGUUCAGAGCCUUGACGCGGACGGCUGCACCUCUCAGCAAUUCUACCUCAAGAAACAGCUCCUCCAGAUACUUAACCUGCCAGCGCCAGCACCUACCCGCGUAAUUCGAAAUAGCCUGGGACGAUGCUUUGCGCAUAUAUUUGGGCUCGGAGAUAGGAAACUUCUAUUCGAAACGAUCAACGAACUUAUCAGCACUAUUAGCGUCGGGAAGGGUAAGGCAGAAGGCGACUUGCGCAUCAGACAUGCGGCAUCGCACUGUUUAGGGGAGAUAUUUGCUGCGGCUGGGGACAGCGCAAUUGGUCUACACCCACUUGCUUGCACGACGCUGAUAAAGCUCCUGAAGGCGGCACAGAAUAAUGCGGGAUUGCGGGCUUCCACGUUUAAAGCUCUUGCCAAGAUAAUCAACUGUGUUGGCAGAAGUGCGGACGAGGGCAUCGCCAGGGACGUUUGGAAGCAAGCACGAAACUAUGCGUCUGCGGAUAAGGGCCAUAUUGUGCAAAUCGCCGCAUGCAAGUGCCUGGAAUCACUGUUACUCAAUACCGCAUACUUUGAUUACUCGAGCGAUUACGAAAGUUUGAAAUCAACCAUCUUCAAGACCAUCGACUCAUCAACCCCUCUUGUGCGCCAAGCUGCUGCUUCAUGUCUGGCGUCUGCUCUUGGAGAAAGCUAUGUAUCAGAAACGGCGCAAGACUCUGAAGUGCCUCAGUUAAAGAAACUCAAGAGAAGCAAUACCAAGAGACAAACGUCAACCCUCGCCGAAGAUGACGACGAAGUACCCCGGCCUGGAAGCCCAGCGCCCAAGAAGUCACAGAUACUGUCAUUUACACUCUUGGACCUUCUCCGACAAGUUUCGUCGCACUAUGUUCGGUCUUCAACCAGCAAUAGAACACGGGCGGGCCUGGCUGUUUGCUACGGAAAGAUUGCAAGAAGCCUUCCUAAGAAAUUAAUCGAGUCGAAUUAUAUCAAAAUCGCUGACCAUCUGAUGGGAGAUGUUCUCAGCCACCCAAACAUAAUCAACAACAGAUAUCGUCUCUUAAUCACACGCAAAUUUGUGCAAGUAGUACUUGAGAAUAUUAUCGGACAGGAAAUACUUGGCGAGUCUGGCCAGAUUGACGCAGCCAAGAAGUUGAUCAACGAUGUCCUCAAAAACUACCCGCAAGUUAUUAAUGAGCGUUCUGAGCCAACAAAAUAUGCGCUCAUUGCUGCUCUCAGCGCCAUAACAUCAUUUAUUAAAACUUUGGGGUCCGCAGCAGCAGCAUUUGGUGAUGCAUGCCGCGAUGGCCUUCUGCAAGUUAUUCAGCAUCCGAGCUACACUGUUCAGCUUUACACUUCGCAAUGCCUGCGAACUUUCGCUCUAGCAUGCCCCCAACAAUUAUUACCAUGCCUCACGAUUUGCAUGAACAGCCUCAACAGGGAGAUGAAUCUAUUAACGUCAAAUACUGGGAGGCAAUCUCCUCGCCGAUGUGUAGGCUAUGCGAACGCUCUAUCAGCUCUCAUAAGCACAUCGCCUUUGCAACCCCUGUAUAGCUCGGUGGAUGUGGACAGUAGGGUUCUGUCCCUGGCGACAGGACUCUUGAAGUCGAGUGGGAAAUCGGAGCUUCGCGUAUCCGGAACGCAAAUUCAAGUCGCCUGGAUCUUGAUAGGCGGUCUUAUGUCCCUGGGACCAAAUUUUGUGAAGAUCCAUCUCUCUCAACUAUUACUGCUUUGGAAGAACGCUCUGCCGAAACCACUGGCUAAAGACAAUACUGCGCAGCGGAGCUACUUGGAGUCCUCCUUUUUGACACAUGUUAGAGAGUGUGCGCUGAGCUCUAUCCUGGCGUUCUUACAAUUUAACGGAAAACUCCUGACGACAGACGUCUCAAAACGGAUUGCCGCCAUGCUUCAAAAUACAAGUGCUUUCCUAAAGGGUUUGCCUAUGAAGAAAACUACUGAAGACGUGCCUCAAAGACUAUUCCCAUCUUUGCAGUUGCACGACCUCGAUCUCAUGACUCAACGACGCGUUCUGCAAUGCUAUACGAAGCUUGUUAAUCUCAGCCCUGGAGGCAGCGAAUCUCUCCUUCAAUCCAACCUUUUGACUCUUGCCGUCUCGUUCUUUUCAGACCCCGAUAAUUAUACCCCGAGCUCACUCAGCACAUCCAUCGCAAGCUCAGCAGGCACUUUUGAAACAAUAUGGGAUAUUGGCGAUAAUUGUGGAUUUGGUGUCACUGGCAUGGUCAAAGGAUUUAAGGUUGAGCAGUUGCCAGGGGAACAUGUCAAGGAGGAUCAACGAGAAUGGACGACUGAUCAAAGCCCAGAAGCAGCAAUUAGCUCGGUGCUUUUAUCACCGAUUUGCAGUUCUUUAGAACACGAUUCUCUGGCGCUGUUUGUUGAUUGCGUUGGGGAUGACGAUAGCCUUCCUGAUCCACCGGCCUGCGAAGUGGUUAAUGUUGCCAUUAAACUCUUUGCAAUUGCCUUCCCACUUACGCCUCCGAAGAUUCAAGAGAGCAUUCUGGAGCAGAUGACGACCUUUUUAGCAGCCGGCUCGCUUCAGAGGGAUCCUGGACGCAAGGCGGCGAUGAAUGUCAAUGUUGCCACUGCAUUAUUAUCAGCCCUCAAGGUGGCCGUCAAAGAGACAAGGUCUCCGUCGGGGGAUGUGUCAAACCCUGCCGUUGAGAAACUUCUCUCGGAGAUGCUUCGCGGUUUCGUUACUCAACCCGAUCAAUAUGUCCGCAGCAUUGGCUAUGAGGCACUGGGAAGGCUCUGCAAUAGCUCUGGAAAUGCUUAUACUAAUCAAGAAAUCAAGUGGCUCAUCGAUACCAUCGUUGCUAUCCGCGAACCCACUGUGAGGGCUGGCUGUGCGAUGGCACUUGGUUGCAUACAUUCUCAAGUUGGUGGAAUGGCAGCUGGAUUUCAUUUGAAAACUAUUCUGGGAAUUCUGAUGUCUCUUUGCAACGAUCCACAUCCGACGGUCCACUUUUGGUCUCUGGAAGCGCUGUCUCGCGUUGCAGAUGCGGCAGGAUUGACCUUCUCUGGAUAUGUCCAGGGCACUCUUGGCAUGCUCGGCCAGCUUUAUAUUUCCGACGCGCAUAAUGACGACCAGCAAUCCCUUAUCAGCUCUAACUUGGAGCUGGAGCUACCUACGUCUGCUGUUGUCGCAAGAUGUGUCGAUUCUCUCAUAAACGUUCUCGGCCCGGAUUUGCAAGAUAUGGUUAAAGCUAGAGAGCUGAUCUUGACUCUGGUGUAUCAAUUCAGAGAGGAGCAAAGCGUUCUGAUCCUAGGCGAGAGCUUACGCUGCCUCGAGCACUUGUCUCUGUACGCCCCUGGCCACGUCAACUUUGCAGAGUACGUUGUUCUCUUGCAGAAAGAUUUGAACUCGGAGGCUGUUGAGCUACGAGAUAUUGCAGUUGACGGACUGCACAAUUUGAUGAAGCGGAAUUCCGAAGAUGUAAUUAAAGUCGCCGAGCCUGGUUUCGAAGACCAGCUGUGGCUAGCACUGGAUGCUGCCCCAACCCAUGAUGGUCUCCGAAAUAUCAUCCGAAAUUGGCUGCAGCAAUCCUGCAUUUCCAAUACCGCUGAAUGGGUCCAGAGAUGCCAGUCUGUCCUUGCCAUGACCAAGACAACAAAGGACAGCGCCGCGGAGAGUACGGCAAAAGCGUCAGGUGGGUUGGACCUCCAAGACGAAGAAGUUGCCGGCUUUGCAGCCGCUGCCGGUGCAGCAAGCCAUGAUGCCCCAUCUGUUGCUGGCCAGGGUCAAGAACAGCUCCGUUGGCAGGUUCGAACAUUUGCAAUGAGCUGCCUUGGCGAAAUCCUUGUCAUUGUUAUGCGGGAUGUUGCUUCAAAUGGAUCCGGGCCUUCUGAGAUGGCCAUACAGAAGAAGGUUGCUGAUGUCAUUCGAAUGGCAUUUUCGGCUUCCACAUCUAGUAUCCUCGAACUCCGAGUUUGGGGUAUGAAGAUCAUUGACUUGGUUCUCAAAAUGUUCGGAAUUACUCCUGAUCCCGAUUUCCCUGAAGCGCCGCUCUUGGAACAAUACCAAGCGCAGAUCAGCUCCGCACUUACGCCCGCAUUCGCCGCAGACUCUUCGCCCGAACUAGCCUCUGAAGCUGUCAAUGUCUGCGCUGCUUUUAUUGCGACUGGGAUUGUCACAGAUGUCGAUCGAAUGGGCCGUAUCUUAAAGACUUUGGUCAGUGCGCUCGAAAAUUUCUCCACGGAUGCCGAGACCGCCUCAAUUGGCGACUUGAAGGGAUUGAGCUCAAAUGCGAAUGUUAUGGUAAAGAUGGCUGUGUUCUCAGCCUGGGCCGGAUUACAAGUUGCCAGUAUCGAGCAGAAAUACCUCGUGGACGUUAUGAAACCACAUAUCGCAAAACUGACUCCUCUGUGGCUGUCUUCGCUCAAAGAAUUUGCUAGGCUUCGCUUUGAGCCCGAGAUUUCCAUGAGCUUGGGUCCCCCUUCUCUUUCGGGUAGCCUGGAUAGUAUCUAUUCCGCGCUAAACCGAGAAACGCUUCUGAAGUUCUACCAAGACUCAUGGCUGAAGCUUGUCGACGCAAUUGCGAGCUUGAUCGAACAGGACAGCGAAUUUGUUUUUGAUGCUCUUGACGGGAAAGAAGUCGAUGCACCAUCCACCGAUGAGAAGUCAGCUGUGAAGCGUAAAGGUAACGAGAUCAACUAUCGUGAUGAACCAGUGGCGUUCUUUUUCGUAUUGUUUGGUAUUGCAUUUGAAGCCUUGGUUGCCAAACCAGGGAAUGAUGCUCUAGCAACGAAAGAGCAAUCGCUCGAAAUUCUCGUUGCUUUGAAACGGAUUCUGCACCCGAGUGUGUCUGGACAUGCAAUUUACAGAGAAGCCAUCUUCUCGGAGACAAUGGACCUUUUAGAUCGCCUUGUUCUCACGGAAGGAUUAGAUGUACAAAAAGUCAUCAUUGAAAUCGCUCGAGGGCUGUGUGUCUCGCAUCCGUCAGCAACCAAGAACGCAACAUCGCCAGAUGGCAGCGAUUUAUCGGAAGACAUCGAGCAGCUCUUUGAGUUGACCCGCAUCAUAGUCCUUGUACUUGCUGGAAUACUCCCAAACCUGGCAGAACAACAGCAAUCCAACCGUUCGGCUAACCUCACGGAAGAGGCCGUGUCGCUGAUCCGCCUUUCAUUGAAUGCCCUUGUGGAUGCCGCCGAGGUGUUCCCGUCCAUCAUCAAAACAGAUCUGCACGCCUGUAUAAUCCACAUCUUCGCAACUGUCCUCGGAACACCAAGUUGCCAGACCGUUGUUGUUCCCACAUCGCUACCAAUCCUGAAACGGUUUAUCAGCAGCAUUUCCAAGGAAAAUGCCAUGAAGUCUGACGAAGCCAGUCAAGAGCAACUGAGAGGCUGCCUGAGACGAUUCUUGUCAAUAUACAUGCACGCCCAAAAGCGCGAGUCUGAUAACGCUCUUCCUUGUGUGAAGAACUCGCUAUUGGCAUGCACUGUUCUCAUGACGAGCGGUAUCAACACGUUGUCCGCCAGCGACCCCUUGGUCGUCAAAUUCUUGGACGAAACCUUGGACUGCCUGAAUGAUCGCAUGACUGCUAAAGUAGCAGCGAAUUGCAUUCGCACGCUCCUACUUCAGACUCCAAAAUCGGUAGCAGAUCAAUCUAUUGCAAGAUACCUCCUCCCGCACCUCAUCGCCUUCGUCUCCAAUACAGAGACCGAAGACCCCGAGAAAGCUCGUUCCUUGAUCGCGCAAACGCUCACAGGAUAUGUUGCUACUCUCCCAGACGAUAAGAAGGGAAUCGCGAUGUCGUUGGUCAUCCCAACGCUACUAGCAAGGGCCAACUCGGAAGGAGAGGGGGACGAAUUUUACCAAGAGACUGGCGCAAGGUUGCUGGGUCUCGCGGCUGUAGACCCAGGAGGUUUCAAGGCCGUGGUUGCCGGGCUUAGUGACAGCCAGCGGGCGUUUAUGGAAGAGGUCCUUCGAACAGGGCAGAAGGCUGGCAGGAAGGUCGAGGUAGAUACCGGGAAGGAGGAGCCAAGUAUUGCGCUUAGGAUGAAUUUCGGGGGUAAUUAAACGACUGCAGAUACAGGUGUAUACAUAGAAUAAACAACGUAUCGUAUAUAGAAAAUUUUAACUUGAAUAUAUUGCUGGCAAUUAAGAGCUUUAUGCGGCUGUGGAG